AAAAAUAGAUUUCAAUAUUUUCAAAGACACACGAAUGCAGAUCGAGUCGGCAUUACCCAUCCAUCGACAUUGAAGCUCUCAUCAGCAAAGCUCAAGAUGGGCUACGAGGAUCCAAAGGCUCGUGACAUUGCCGCAGAUGGCUCAACCCAGCAGAGCCAGUCUCAUCUUCAGGACAAAGAACUCGAAUCAGCUUAUGCCGCUCCAAGUCCCGAAGUCGAGUAUGGUGUAUCUUCCUUAGAGGAUAGAAGGGAUGAGGCGAGACCCGGUAAAUGGGAUAGAUUAAAGGCCUUCCUGGUGGAUAAGGGUAUCGAGGAGAGGGGAAUCGUGCCUCGUCCCGAGGAUGAAAGAGAGACAUUGACUGCUUGGAGGUAUCUACCUCAAUUUACGAUGUGGGCAGCUUGGAAUACGAACAUCCUCACAUUCUCAGAAGGUGUUCUUGGGCCUGCUUACUUUGGUCUUGACCUCAAAGCCUCCAUACUCUGUAUCAUUCUCUUCACGGCGAUAUCUUGUAUACCCCCAGCAUAUCUCGCCACCAAUGGACCCAAAACGGGCAUGAGGCAAAUGGUCCAGGCUCGUUACGCGCUUGGAUAUUUCCCUGCAGUGCUAUUCGGUCUCUUCAAUUGCUUGUCCUUCAUCGGUUUCAUGGCGCUCACCGUCAUCCUCGGCGGUCAAUGUCUGUCCUUGGCCAGUUCCUCAUCCAUGUCAUGGAAUGUUGGUAUAGUCGUUGUGGCUAUCAUUUCACUUCUGUUAUCAUUUAUCGGUCUCAGAGCACUCCACCUCCUCUCCCUCACUUCCUUCCCUAUCGUUCUUGUACUUUUCAUCAUCAUCGCCGCUGUUACUGGUCACGAUCUGAGCUACGCUCGACCUGAAUGGACCAGCGCUUUCACCAAGGUCACCACCGGUGGCGUCCUAGGCUACGGGGCAAGCUUGAUAGGCUUCACCGUCAGCUACUCAAGUCUGGCCAGUGAUUUCACAACGAGUCUUCCGGCUCACACUCCUCGCUCGACACUGUUCAUCGUCAUCUUUCUGGGAUAUUUCAUCCCUAUCGCGAUCGUCCAGAUUUUUGGCGCUGUCGCCCAGCUCGCAGCAUUCAGCAUUCCAUCUUGGAACGAGGCAUCUCUCGUUGGCGUACCAAAUCUCUUGUUUGCCAUGACUGGUAGUGGAAAAGCCGCGAGAGCAGUCAUGGCUUUGCUGUGUUUGGGGGUCUGUGCAAACACCGCACCCACUAUCUAUUCGUGUGGAUUGAGCGGACAAGUCGUCAUCCCUUGGCUUGUGAGAAUCCCUCGGUACUUCCUUGCCAUUGUUGUCUCCGCCAUCUACCUACCGAUCGCCAUAGUCGGCGCCCAUCACUUCUAUACUGCCCUGUCUAAUUUUUUGUCCAUUUUGGCGUACUGGACAGCAAUCUAUAUUCCCCCCGUCGCACUCGAGCCUCUGAUCUUCCGCACUCCUGUAUCUCGCAAGACGUACCCUCUCGAAAUUUGGGACCAGCCAAGUCAAUUGCCUUUAGGCAUCGCCGCGAUCAUCUCCUUGAUCUGUGGUAUUCCGUUGAUAGCCGCUGGUAUGUCUACAACAUGGUGGACGGGCUGGAUAGCUCGUAAGAUCCCCGGCGGCCACGGAGAUGUGGCUUGGGAAAUCACUAUCAUUGUUGUAUCCAUCAUCUUUGUCGUGACUAGAUAUUUAGAGAGGAGAUACAUCGGGAGGUGAUCUACUUAUGUCUUGUCCUUGUGCAUAAUAC